AUGGCUGACGAUGAUAUUGACAACAUGGACUUUGACUUGCCUUCUGAACUAUUGACCAAUAUUGGCAAUCCUUCCUUUUCUUCAGGCAUGCCUACACUUCAAGCCAUGGGUCAAAGAGCUGAUCCUCGAGUUCUAGAAGCAUCAAAAAGAUGGACAUGUAUAUAUCCAGUCUACAUUGAUCAAGACAAAAGCUAUGCCGAAGGCCGUCGUGUAUCUAAAUCUCAAGCUGUAAAAAAUCCGGCGGCAAUAUACAUGGCAGAGGCCGUACAGCGACUUGGUCUAACAUCAGUAGUAGAGCCUAAAUGCCGUCACCCACGAGAUCCAUUCACAUUCGGUCGUAUCAGAGUACAGAUCCAUACAACAGCUGGUAAACCCAUCAGUCCAAUCUACUUUAACAAAAGACAGCUUUUGAUCAAGAUUGCAUCCAUGCUGCCGGCAUGCAAAGAAGAACUAGAUCAAUCCGAUUCAAAAAUUGCUGGAAUUGCUGCGCACUCGAGAUCUGAACUGUCCAAAACGGUCGAAGAAGCUUCGCAGCCAAAAAGUGUUUCAAAUGCAAUCACAAGUGGAUCUGAGACUCCUGCUAUUGCUGCAUCUUCCACUGUUUCUUCCACCUCAUCAAAGAAAAAGGGCAAAAAGAAGCGUUAA